AUGGCGGAGGUGAGUGAGCGGGCCGGGGGAGCCGGCCCCCCGCCCCCGCGCGCCCGCGGCCACGGCCGCAGGGCCCGGCCGUGUCUGGGCUCCAGGCGCGGAGACCCCCGCCCCGGGGCGCGGAGGCCGGGCUCGGGGCGCCGCGCCCGUCGGGGCCCGUGGGGCGCGGAGCUCCGUCGGCGGCCGCCCCCGGCCACCCCCCCCCCGCCGGUUGCCACAUCGCGGGGUACAGUGCGCAUCCCGGGUCCCGCGGUCCUCGGCCCUGGACCCCCGCUCCCGGCGGCGCGCAGCCUUGCCCUCCCCGCGCUUGUCAACUUUGCGGAGUGCGCUUUCUGGGCGCGCGGUGGUGGCGCGCCGCGCUCACCCGUCGGGACCCCGGGUGGGACCCGCACGGCAGCCCGCUCGCGAGCCUUUAGUGUGCGGGGCACCGCAGAGUCGCUCCGUCCAGACCCCGGGCGGGACUCGAACUCCGACCCCGGGCCCGCCCUGAGCACGCCCGGCAAGGGGCGGGGGAGCCCCUGGAACCCUCACAGCAGCCAGCUGCCCAGCGUGUCCCUGUCCUACCUGUUGACCGAGUGCGGUGCUGCCCCGUUGAGUGAAUUUGCGGCGGUUUCACAGGAGAAGGCCUCCUCACUGGAAAGGCAGAGCCCUGGCGUGGCCUCCUGCCUCGCUCACAGCCUGUGCCCGGGGGAGCCCAGCUUGCAGACCGCAGCAGUGGUGUCCAUGGGCUCUGCAGACCAUCAGUUCAACCUCGUAGAGAUCCUGUCCCAGAACUACGGCAUCCGGGAGCAGUGUGAGCAGGCCGCGGGAGACCCGGAGAAGCCCGAGGGGGAGCUGGAGAAGGACUUCAUCGCCCAGAGCAGCGACAUGCCCCUCGACGAGCUGCUUGCCCUCUAUGGCUAUGAGGCAUCAGACCCCAUCUCGGAGCGGGAGAGUGAGGGCAGUGACACCACAGCCAACCUCCCAGACAUGACUCUGGACAAGGAGCAAAUAGCGAAGGAUUUGCUUUCAGGGGAAGAAGAGGAAGAGACACAGUCAUCAGCCGAUGACCUGACCCCGUCUGUGACCUCCCAUGAGGCCUCUGACCUUUUUCCUAACCAGAGUGGACCCUGCUUCCUGGCUGAUGCAGACAAAGAGCCUAGCUCUUCCACCUCUUCCGACACAGAGGAGGACCCUCUUCCUGCCAACAAAUGUAAGAAGGAGAUCAUGGUUGGGCCUCAGUUCCAAGCCGACCUCAGCAGCCUGCAGUUGGACCGCCACGGUGAGAAACUCUAUGAGAAUGACGACCAGCUGCUCUGGGACCCCAACAUCCUCCCCGAGAGGGAGGUGGAGGAGUUCCUGUACCGGGCAGUGAAACGGAGGUGGCACGAGAUGGCUGGGUCGCAGCUCCCGGAGGGAGAAUCGGUGAAAGACAGUGAGCAGGCGCUUUACGAGCUGGUGAAAUGCAAUUUCAAUGCAGAGGAGGCCCUGCGGAGACUGCGGUUCAACGUGAAGGUGAUCCGAGAUGGGUUUUGUGCUUGGAGUGAAGAGGAGUGCAGGAACUUUGAGCAUGGCUUCCGAGUGCAUGGGAAGAAUUUCCACCUGAUCCAGGCCAACAAGGUGCGCACCCGGUCCGUGGGCGAGUGUGUGGAGUACUACUACCUGUGGAAGAAGUCUGAGCGCUACGACUACUUCUCCCAGCAGACGAGGCUGGGCCGGAGGAAAUACGGCCCGUCGGGAGCCACGGACGCGGACCAGGACCUGGACGGCAGUGACCCCGACGGCACUGGUCGCCCCCGCUCGUCGCCCCCUCUGCCUCCUGCUGCUGACAGCCUGGGCUCUGAGCAGGACCCCUUGGCACGGAUGCACACAGAGCCGCUGAGCGUAGACAGCGUGGCCGGCAGUCUCGGUGAGCCUGGGGAGAGCUCCGACAGCCUCCCGUCCUCGGAGCCGGGGCCUUGUCCGUUCCAGCAGCUGGACACGCCCCCAGCCGUGUCCCUGCCCAGGCGGCCCCCUGCCCUGGCCGAGCCAGCCUUCUACCCCCCGGCCACAGCCCCUCCAGAGCCCGGCAGCAGCCCGAGACUAGCUGUGGACUUGACCCUGCCUGGGGCCCUCCCCGAGGAGCUGCCUCUCAUCUCCAGCCACGUGGAUGUGAACGGAGAGCCUGAGGAGGCCGUGGCUCCGGCACAGGUGGCCUUGUCGGUCACUGAGUUUGGACUCAUCGGCAUUGGGGAUGUGAAUCCCUUCCUGGCUGCCCACCCAGCGUGCCCAGCCCCCGGGCUGCACUCGGAGCCCCUGUCACACUGUAACGUGAUGACCUGUUGAUCCCUGGCCACGGGUGGGCGUGCGUGGCCUGGACUGGACGUGGGGCCACCGCGGGGCCUGCCUCUGCCAGUCUUCCCGACCCCUCCCCUCCUCGUGGGCCUCGGGUAACGCCUCCUCUGCUUCAGAACACGGCAAGGACAGGGUGAGCGGUGGCCGGGCCACUGCCCUGCCCCCCUCACACACAGACUAGUGCCCUCAGUGCCCGGCACCAUGGUCCGUGCUGUCCAGGCUGCUGCCCCCA